AUGUCAACGAUCACGCAGUCCGCUCUACAGAGCUCUUACCCCCCUACCCUCCCGAAGGAGUUCAACGCCAACCAGCCCAAGACCAUCCGCCUCUACCCCCUCAGCAACUACACGUUCGGCACAAAGGAGAACCAGCCCGAGGAGGACCCGUCCGUGCUGGCGCGCUUGAAGCGCCUCGAGGAACACUAUAACGAGCAUGGCAUGCGCCGGACCUGCGAGGGCAUCCUCGUGUGCCAUGAGCACAACCACCCGCACAUCCUGAUGCUGCAGAUCGCCAACGCCUUCUUCAAGCUGCCCGGCGACUACCUCCGCCCCGAAGACGACGAGAUCGCGGGCUUCAAGGCUCGCCUCAACGAGCGCCUCGCCCCCGUCGGCUCGCAGUUCACGGGCGAGGGCGUCAACGACGAAUGGCAGAUUGCGGAUACGCUUGCGCAGUGGUGGCGCCCCAACUUCGAGACGUUCAUGUACCCCUUCAUUCCCGCGCACGUCACGCGCCCAAAGGAGUGCAAGAAGCUGUAUUUCAUCCAGCUGCCGCGGAGUAAAGUCCUCAGCGUCCCGAAAAACAUGAAACUGCUCGCCGUCCCCCUCUUCGAGCUCUACGACAACACCGCGCGCUACGGGCCCCAGCUCUCAGCCAUCCCGCACCUGCUCUCGCGCUACAACUUCGAGUUCGUGGACGAGAAGGGCGAGGUCGUCGCCGUGACGCCCGGUGGCAAUGGCAGCGGCAGUGGCGGCAGUGGCGCCGGCAACGCGCCCCAGACUAAGGUGCUCGCGGGCGGGGAGGGC